AUGUGGAGUGAAAGAAGUGAGGACCAGGAUGCUAUGGCACCAACAAAGAUGAUGAUGGGGCCAUCCAUACCAACCACCUCUAUCAACAUCAAAGACAGCACUGACCACAACAAGGAAAUUCUAUGGGCAGAAUGGUGUAAAGGCCACACAUGGUCAAAGAGAGGUGUAGAGGAAGUAUUGUUGCUGUGUGAGGAAAUGCACCGAGUUCUCAAGUUCCUGGCCUGGAUGCUGUUAGAAGAUGUGGAGCCAGAGCCAGAGAGUGAUCAAGAGGAUGAUGAGAAAGAGAGUUCAGAUGAUUCAGAGGACAAUUUAGAAGCAUCCCGCCACAAGCUGACAUGCUUUUGCCCACCCAAAAAAAUGAAAUUCAUGAAAAAGAUGAAGAACAAUGGUGUCUAUCAAGAUCAACAAAAAAAAAAGAUGGUUGAAAAAUUUCUAAAAAUAGACCCAUCCUGCCCAUCAGCAGUGUAUGAGCAUGAACAGUCUAAAGAUGACCAAGCAGAAUAUGACUGA